AUGGGUCUCUGGCGACCUGAAGAUGGGGCCGUACUGAGCGUUUCCAGCGUGCUCGCCUCCGUCACUUUGGGCUCCAUCGCCUUCCCAGUGGUCUGCAGCAUCCUCAAACUGUGCGUGGAUCCUCCUCAGCCCCUGGAGGAAGUCACGCUCUGCGGCUUCGUCGCUUGCAUGGAUUUCGGAUUUCUAAUCAAGGCUGCUCUCUUCAUUAAACAAGGAGCCACGAUGCAUCAACUCGUCCGGCUGUUAUGGGAAACCAGAGGAAGAUACAGCAAUGGAUUAAACAACGAGAAGACUCGCGCCCGCUAUGAGAAACUGGUGGGCCGUUUGUACGUUUAUAUGCAGAUGGUGGUGGUGCCGGCGCUGCUCUGCUGGGUCUCGUCGCCACUGCUGUCCCAAGUUUUCCUCACCUCCAGAGAGGACGCUCCAGACGGUUCCAGACAGCUUCCCGUGCACGUCUGGCUGCCGGCCGAUGUGAAUCGCUCGCCAACUUAUGAGAUUCUGUAUGUAGCGCAGUCGUUCAGCCUGAUGGUGUUGUCUCAGGCCACUGUAUGCAUGGACGUUUUCUUUGUGCACCUCAUGCUCAUGGUUGCAGCUGAGCUGGAAGUCUUAAAUGACAACAUUUCAGCUAUGGAACAAGGACAGCUGCAGCGUGGUAGAUCCAGAUAUGAUGGUACUACCAUGACUGACGAUCAAAACAUUGAUGAACGUGAAUUUAUCAGAGGUGAUCAUCUCCAAGAUGUUGCUCUAACGUCAUCACUACGUGCCGAGGAUAAACAUACGUAUGCAGAACUUGUGAAGAACGUUCACCAUCAUCAGCAAGUUCUGAGAUCUGUCAGCCUCUUGCAGAAAGCAAUGGAUGCAUCGAUUUUCAUUCUUCUUUUCAUCAACAUGGCUAACCUCUGUGGCACGGUGUUUGUGGCUGCUGUGCUGUUACAGAGAGACGGAAACAUAACGAAAGCAUUGAAGGAACUUAUGCUGAUACCCUGCGUCCUGUACGAAACUGGGAUGUACUGCCUCUGCGGCCACAUGAUAAUCAAUCAGAGCGAGAAACUCGUCAGCUCGGCCUUCAGCUGUGGUUGGCCUGAUUGCAACCGUCGUUUCAAACACAGCCUACUUAUCUUCAUGAUGGCGGCGAUGCGUCCGCUCGAGAUUACUGUGGGCAAGAUGUGCAAGCUGUCCAAGCAGAUGCUGCUACAGGUGCUCAACGGGUCAUACGCGCUACUGAACAUGCUUUAUCAUUUCCACCGCACACUGUGA